CUCUUGACGGCUGUUGUCAAAUUAAAUGUAGUAUUUUAGCACUGUAUUUCUAAAUUUCUGUAAACAUCUAUACAUUAAACCAUGGCAGAGGACGAUGAGUUUAAUAACGAUCUCGACGAUGACUACCAACCAAGAUCUAGAAAAAAGAAAUCGCGAUCUAAUGAACCUAAUCCAAACAAGAAAUGUCGUCCUAGAAUUGAUCAGCUUGCAAUCCCCAGUCGCAGGCUCAUUCUAGCUUUGUAUCAAGACCACGGCUACCACUUACCCAGAGAAAAGGUCGAAAAAAUAAAAAUACUUUUACAAGAACUGUACGCUAUGACACCGGAAGAGACGGAACGGUAUUUUGCCCAUAUAAAGAAAAAAUCAGCCGAUGUUUCUAGAAGAAAAGACAUUAAAUUUAUGUUGAAGAAACUAGUGAAAAGAAAGAAAAAGGAGCAGCAGCACAAGCAAGCCUAUGAAUUACUUUAUCGUUUAUUCGUUUCUGGUAUGGAGUUUGCGGUCAAAACUCCUGUGCCACCUUUGGUUUCUGUCAGAUUAAGAAACCUUUCCAACAUAAUUCUGGAGCAGAUUUGUAACUUGAGAAACGUCGACAUACCGGCCAGGGAAGAUUCAGAUCAGUUUGGCAGUUUCCUCAUUAAAGUUGCCGAUUGGAUGGCUAUAGUCAUUGAGCAUUUGUAUUACGGAAUACAUCUAAAGAAGAACGCAGAACUGCAGAUAAUCGAAAACGAGCAUAAAAAGAAGAAAUUGGACGAAGCAGCUUCUGAGCAUAAAACCGAAGAAACUAAGGAUGAUAAUGAAGAUAAUGAGGCCGAGCUAAACGAUGAAAUUGAAUAAUAAAUCAACAAAGAAAAAAAAUAAGGUAAAGGAAAAAAGUGAGACAGUAUUGUAUGAAUGAACGUCUAAGAUAAUGUAAAUGAAGAAGUUGUAUCAGCAUCAAGUGCCUGUGUUCAAAUAAAAUAAAAACUUUUUAUAUUAUGUCUUAAUUUAUGUUAUAUUGGUGUAUUACUUACUUGAGAUAUUACCUUUCUAUAUUUUUAUACAUUAACUCCUUUUGCAGUAAAACUGAUGUAAAAAAUAAAUUAAUAAUUAUUUUA